AUGGUGACAGUCAUAGGCUUGCUCUUGCUGAAUCAUGUGACAGAUGCAACGGAAAUUGGUUAUGGUGCAAUGAGUCGUAAUCAGCCUUCUUCACGCAACAAACAACCACAACCAGCUAAUUCGUACACCAGAGGCUUUUUUAAGUAUAAGAAUGGAUCAGACUUUGUUCUAGUUGUGAAGAAAGAUGAUUAUGACAAGUGCAACACAGAGAAGCUGAUCAUGAAGAUGGACGAUGGUGAUUCAGUCUUCAAGUUUGAUCGGUCGGGUCCAUUCUUCUUCAUCAGUGGAAACAAAGAUAACUGCCAAAAGGGAUAA